AUUAAAUCAAACAUGAAGGGUUAUUAUUGGGUGUUUCCUUUAUUACUUUUACAUACUAAUUUAUUAAAAGCGGAUACAUCAACUGACGAAGCACGACAUGCCAAUUUAUUACUAUUAAAAAGUGGAAUAGGAUAUAUGGUACCAUUCCCUGAGAAAUGCUCUGAAAUUUUAAGUGAUUUUGCUGAUUACGCGUCUAAUUUUACUAAAUGCUCAAUAUUACAUGCUAGGCCUAUAAGAAUAUGUAAAAACUGUAUAGAACAUUAUACGAACUUCCAUGAUAAGUAUCAAGAAUUAUUGACGACUGUAGUGAAUGGAACUUCUUGCAAAUCAGUAUUUAUUUCACGUGACAGAUUAGAUGCAAUUUUGGAAUAUCAUGAUAAUAUAAUGGGUAUUUGGGAGAAAGGUCAUUGUAAUGCCUGUUAUGACUGGAAAACGGGACAGCCAGUGUUGUCAAAUGAAACAAUACAUUUUAAUGAGUUAUUUAAUCAAACAAUUAAUUGUAUUAUGAAGUACAUAGUACCUUCUUCAAAUGACAGUAAAGUUGUUUGUGACAACUGCAUGCAGUCUUACAUCAAGCUGGACAAUUACUAUAAAACAUUGAGUGCAGAUGCUAUUGGAGUUGACAGUAUUUGCAUGGACAUUGUAGACUCUAUGAAUACAACAAGGUCUAUAUGGAGUAAGACAUUGAAUUGCUGUAAAGUCAGAAGAACUCCUGAAGUGGUGUUUUUAGUCUCCACUGGCAUCAUUUCAUUGUUACCAAUACUCUAUUAUUUAGUUCUGAGAUACUGCAGCCCCAUGAGAGCUUUACCCAAUGUUUUGAAGCAGUCAAGAUUCAAGCAAAGCAUUCUGCGUUCUCUUGGAAGAUCAAAUAACUAA